AUGACUGAUAAAGCUCGUCUUGCUAAUCCGAAUGCCAUUAUCAAUACAAAAUAUAAUAAUGCACAUUUAUUUUUAGGCGACGGCAAAAAAGUUCACAUUCGAACAGGCAAUAAAACGAUUGAACAUGUUUUAACGAUUGUAAAUAAACAUACACGUAAAUUGCAAGAGGACGAAGAAUUUGCAGCUUAA